CAUGGCGGCCCAAGAUGAAGUUGACGUAUGUGAAAGUUGGGAGGACAUGGACGAUAUUGGCUUAGACAACAAGAUCAAACUGAUGUCCAGUGUUCCUGCCCCCGUGAAAUCUCUGAAAGGUUGCAAGGUUACUAACGUAAUAGUUGAGGAGAGCGCGUGUAUUGGAUCUCACUGCAUCAUGCCGGAGCCAGCAAUUCGUAUAUUGAAGAGACCGUCAAGUCUGGCGAGCGGCCAGCUCAACGGCGAGAGUCGCGCGCGUCCAGUAAAGACUUUAGAACAAAGACAGAAAGAGUAUGAACAAGCUCGUUUAAGAAUAUUAGGCGAAGCACGAAGCCCUGAGGACGUAAUUGACGAUAAUUUGACACGGUUACAAGAGAAAUUCCAAGCAAAUAAUAUAAAUGACACACAAAGUUCGGGUAAAAUAAAAAACUGUCAUAGUGACACCAAAGGGAAAGAGAGGAAGGUCCUAGCGCGGUUGCCAGUGGGAGCUAAUACAUCUGGAAUAUUCCCUUCCCCACCACCUCCAGGAGUUUUAGUGAUACGAACACCGAGAGGCCCUGAUGGUACAAAAGGUUUCCUCCGAAGGUAGCAUUGGCAAUGUAAGAUAAUCUAAAUUUUCUUGUUAAGCAUCCAUCCAUGAUCAACUGUCUUCAAUUAAUUAUCUUAAUGACUAUAUUUAGUUAAGGUUUUGUAUAACUCAAUUGUGCUAAAUAAUAAAAUUUAUUAUAGUAAUGUUACAUAUACAUGUUAAUGAAAUUUUUAAAAUUAUUUGAUAGGGUAACACAUUUUUUAAUUUAAAUUAAUAUCUAUCACAACGUAAUUUACAAUGUUACUGAAAAAUUCAUUAACCUUGUUUACAAAAGCAUUAAAAACUAGAAUAUUUCCGAUGUAUUCUUGGGCUUGUAAAUUCAAGCAAAAACAUGCAAAAGUAUCAACUUAAAUUUUUUUUCUUUGUUUGCAUAUGUACAUAAUUUUUUUGAGUUAAUUUCUUUUUUUUA